AAAUUGCCAAUGUGCCUAUCUCUCUCUCUCUCUAAGCUUCUCUAUCUUUUCAAUUCAUUUUUCCACUUUACACCAAAAAUAAAGCCUCAACAACAACCCUAAAUACAAACCCACAACAUUUUCAAGUUGAAUAUAUUGUAAAAGAAAUGGCUGAAGGAAGGGACAGAUUAUCCAGGCAAGAAGAUCCAAUAGAAGUUUACACUCGUAGACGAACAAGGUCAUCAAUUGGCAGAGGUAGCAUUGAGAUUUUAGAGGAUGAAUCACCUUCCACAGGGACUCCGGCGACAGCAACUCGUGGUGGUGGUGGUGGUACUGGAAGAAUUGGUGGUUUUGGGUCGCCAAGAAAUAGGCGUGGACGAACUCCAGCUAGGGUGAUUGGUCGUCAGAACAUUUCGCCAACAGGUCAUCAGGGCAGAAAUCGAGGGCGUCAUAGUGUCCUUCCUUCUUGGUAUCCAAGAACUCCUCUCCGUGACAUCACUUCCAUUGUCAGGGCCAUUGAAAGAACAAGAGCUCGCUUGAGAGAAAGUGAAGGCGGGGAACAACUUGAGAGUGUUGUACCUCAGGACCACACUGUUCCUGAUCCUUCUGAAUCUACAUCUGGUGCUCAACUUGAUCCCAAUGAUCCUAUGCUUACUCCAGGUCUAAAAACCAGAAACAGGUAUUAUCCCAAAUCUGUUGGUAAAGUGCCAAAGAUAUUGCUUGAUAUCACCAAUCAAAAACCAGAAGCAGGUAGUUCUGGAGCCUCUGAUUGCGUCACACCAGGAAGAAAGCUGCUGGACUCAAUCGAAACUGUUGAGAAAGAUGUGAAGGAAGAACUGCAUAAAUUGAAGAGGACCCCAAGUGCUAGGAAACAAGAGAGGGAGAAAAGAGUUAAAACUUUAAUGUCCAUGCGAUGAUUUUCCAUUUGAUGUCCAACUCAAUCAAGGUUGAGGCACACAGGCUUGGAAAUUUGGAGAAAGGAGAUAGUACGGCUGACGGGGGAGAGGUAAUAUGUGGAUCAUCUUCUGAUGAUCAGACACUUAGUUGAAAUUAGGAUAUCUUUCGAUAUCUUUCUGUUCCUUGUCAGUAAUUGGAAUUAGAAUGUACCUUAUAGAGUUGACUUUUACAUCCUGCUGAAGUUUUCUUUUGCUGUCUUCCUGGUUCUAUUGAUUAUAUGCUGGAGAUAUGCAUUUGAAUAUGUAAAUAGUGUCUGAUUUUGGUUUCAUACUUGAGUUUUGUUUAGUAUUUGAUAAAAGGAGAUGCAGUUCUAUGGUUGUUUGUUAUUUUGGAACUAUACCCUAUUUAGAGGGAACCUGGUGUACUAUUCUCCAGCUAUGCACUGGAUUCAGAGAAGAAAAGAACCAAAUAUAUUGAAGUUCAUUGUAUGAGCCUCAUCUUGCUUUGUUAUGAGAUAUUGUUUUCACA